AACAUCAUGCCUUUCUCCAUCAUUGAAUAAGAUGACAUGAACCAUUUAUGGCCCAAAGACAUAGUGGCCAUGUGGCCCCUUAAUUUUGUUGCUAACAAAAGAUCAAUUCCAUGUAGAACUCUGCAAGAUAUGAGCGCAGGUUUUGUACGUUUCUAGCAAGUAGUAUUUUGGGGAGAAACUAUGGUGGAGGCUGAGUUGAAGGGAGCAAUGGAUUGGAAAAACACGGGUGCCUUUGUCCUCCAUCUGCUCACUAGCCGAUGGUUCAUGGUCUUUGCAACCCUACUGAUCAUGUCCAUGUCUGGAGCUACUUACAUGUUUGGCAUCUACUCAGGGGACAUCAAAUCAUCCCUAGGCUAUGACCAAACAACCCUGAACUUGAUAAGCUUCUUCAAGGACGUGGGAGCAAAUAUUGGAAUUGUUGCAGGGCUUGUUAAUGAGGUUGCACCACCUUGGUUAGUCCUCUCAUGUGGAGCAAUCAUGAACUUUUUUGGGUACUUCAUGAUAUGGCUGGUGGUCACACACCGAAUAGCGAAACCUCCAGUUUGGCAGAUAUAUUUAUACAUAUGCAUUGGUGCCAAUUCUCAAACAUUUGCAGGCGUUGUUGCAUUAGUUUCAUGUGUCAAGAACUGCCCAGAAAGUCGAGGUGUUGUUCUAGGCAUCUUAAAGGGAUUUAUUGGCCUUAGUGGAGCAAUUAUCACACAGCUCUAUCUUGCUUUUUAUGGGCAUAAUUCCAAAGCUCUCAUCUUACUUGUUGCCUGGCUUCCAGCAGCUGUUUCAAUCUUGUUUCUGCGCACAAUUCGCAUCAUGAAGGUUGUUCAACAAGCGAAUGAGCACAGGAUAUUCCAAAAUUUUCUCUACUCUUCGCUUAGCCUUGCUGGAUUUCUAAUGAUUAUGAUUAUCAUGCAAAACUGGCUCUCCUUCACUAGGUUCGAGUAUGCGGCAAGUGGUUCUGUUGUGCUUCUUUUGCUAAUCUUCACCAACUUCCUGGUUGUUGUUAGAGAAGAAUUUGAUCUUUGGAAGAGCAAGAAACAAGUGUUAGAUGAUCAUCCACCCUCGAUGGUUGAAUUAACACCUGUUGAAGCUGUCCCAAAACCGCAAAAUCAUGAAGUGCAAGUUUCUUGCUUUAGUAACAUGUUUACGCAACCAAAGAGGGGCGAGGAUCAUACAAUUCUACAAGGAAUUUUCAACAUUGAUAUGCUAAUUCUAUUCACAGUCUCAGCAUUUGGGAUUGGUGGGACCUUGGUGGCAAUUGACAACUUGGGCCAAAUUGGAAAGUCCUUAGGAUAUCAAACUAAAACUAUCGCCACGUUUGUAACACUAGUAAGCAUAUGGAAUUAUCUUGGACGUGUGGCAGCAGGAUUUGCUUCAGAAAUUCUCUUGGCUAAGUACAAAUUUCCACGUCCAUUGAUGAUGGCCUUGGUACUUCUUGUAUCUUGUGCUGGCCAUCUUCUCAUCGCUUUCGGGGUCCCUAAUUCUCUCUAUCUCGCGUCCUUGAUUGUGGGCUUUUGCUUCGGAGCUCAAUGGACACUGAUAUUCAGUAUAGUGUCAGAAUUAUAUGGGCUCAAGUACUACUCCACCUUGAUUAGUAUAGCUGCUGGAGCCACUCCAUUGGGUAAUUACGUGCUUAACGUUAGAGUUGCUGGCCAUCUCUACGAUAUGGAAGCUCUGAAUCAAAUGACAGCCAAGGGACUCACAAGGAAAGAAGGGGAAGGUUUGACAUGCUCUGGCGUGGAGUGUUACAAGCUAUCUUUUUUGAUAGUAACUGCAGCUACGUUCUUUGGCUCUGUUCUUUCUCUGCUUCUAUCUUAUAGAACCAGAAAUUUCUAUAAAGGUGAUAUUUACCAGAAAUUCAGAGAUCAAGCCCAAGUGGCAGAUGCUGAGAAACUGUCGGUUACAAAUGGACCACACAGCUAGCUGGUCUUGCUGAAUAAUUGGUGUUGUUGACAAUUAAGAUUAUUGAGAAUAUUGUAUACAAAUUUGCGUGGUUAACAAUUGUUGUCCACUCAAUAUGGAUGAUAAUUGUAGAAUGAAAAGGAGAAUAUAU